AUGACAGAUCGCAAAAGCAAACUACCCCAGGGAGGUACCGGUCGCUCAGCGGCCGGAGAAUCCUCCUCCACCGCACCGGAUUUGCCGGGGGUGGGCUGUCCCACGUUUUCUGGGGGGGACACGGUAUGUCAUUUGGAGAUGGAGGAGAGGGUUAGGAGAACGCAAGAGGAGUUGCGACUUCUGAGCGCGAUCGAGGAUGAGGCAUUGAUGGACUCGGAGCGGACGGGUUCCUCAUUGUCGAUGCGUUCGGACGAUUUCUUCGCACUUCGUAGGAGUACUUCGCCGAAAAAGUAUCGGAAGAGGCGAAUAGUCGAGAUCCACCAACAACUGGACUCCGACGAUGACGACGUCGAUGUAGUGGAGGUUUCGUCAGAGCGAAACACGAGCCCGAGUGUUGGGAAGGGGAAGGGAAAGGGGAAACGGAAGGGGAAACCCGUGGCCCGAAUGGAGACCGAGGCGUCGGCGUCAGAGGCGGAAUCCCCCGGUACUGUGGCUGCUGUCUGCCAAGCUACCGAGGAGGACUAUAUGCUGGGCUCCGACGAACUCGGAGACAAGGUGGAGGACGGUGCCCUUCAGGUUCUAGCCGCCGUGAAAAAGUCCGGCAACCUGAAGGGCACAAUAAUCAGGGACAUCAAGAUAGCUGUUGGCACCAUCCGCUCGGCCUCCAGAACCCUGAAAAUGAGGUCUGGCUCCUCAGAGGAGGACGCCCUCAGGAGGGAGGUCCGAAAGCUUCGCUCCGAGCUGGACGAAGUGAAGGAGAUAAAGUCGGCCAUGCUGAAGGAAUCAAUCGAAGAGCGGAAGAAAUUCCGACAGCUACAAAUGGCGUCACAGUCCUCCGCCGCGCUUGCUGACGAACUAGCAGCGCUGAAGGCGGAGAGAGAGGGGUGGGAGAGGCAAAGGCGGGAGAGCGUCCAAAAACUAGAGGAUAUGAGGAAACAGAACGCUCUAGACCGCCUUGCCCUCCAAAGAGCCCUACAGACAGUGGAGGAGCUUAAGACCGCGGCGGACCUCCCGCCAGUCGUCAUAGCGGGAACAACGGAGGCUGCGCCGGAAGGCGCCUCACCUCGAAUACAGAAGGAGGACGCCGAAGACCGGAUCAUCCGGCGAGUAGGCGAAAUGAUGGAGAGCCGCUUCGCCGAGAUGGAAGAGCGGAUCUCGGCGAAGAGGAAACGGUCUCCAAAGAUUAGGAGUGUGCCUACUGCCGGAUCAUCCGGUCCAAGGAAUGACAGGGCCCCGCAACGGGAGCCCAGUGGUGGACACGUUCCACAGCCGUCGACGUCGUCGGAAAACAAGGAGGGCUGGUCGACGGUCGUGAGACGCAAGAGGCGUAAGGCAGCCGCUGCCAAUACGCCACCAACGAAGGGGCCAAGCGGCCAAAAGAAGGAACCGCAGCGUAAGCCCGCGCGUAAAGUGAAGGCACGUCCCCCUCGGUCAUCGGCAGUGGUUUUAACCAUAAGUCCGGGAGCCGAGGAGAGGGGCGUCACCUAUAGGUCGGUGCUCACCGAUGCGAAGGCCAAUAUCUCAUUGGCCCAGCUCGGUAUCACCGACCUUAGGUACAGGGUAGGAAGAACUGGGGCCCGUAUCCUGGAGAUUCCCGGCAAAGACACAGGCGACAAGGCGGACGCGUUGGCCGCCAAGAUAGAGGAGGUCCUACCCGAGGACGUCCGGGUCUCGAGACCGGUCAAAACGGCUGAACUUAGGCUCGUUGACCUGGACGACUCGGUGUCGGUGGCCGACGUGGUAGUCGCGAUCAUGCGGGACGGGGAGUGCCGGGAGUCCUCGGUGAAAACCGGGGAAAUCCGGCGCAACCCGCAGGGUACGGGCUCAAUUUGGGUGCGGUGUCCUGUGGCCGCCGCCAAGAAGUUGGCCGAGGCCGGCCGGCUGAAGAUCGGGUGGAUGAUGGCGCGGGUACAGUCGCUGGACCCGCGUCCUCAGCGGUGUUAUCGGUGCCUUCUUACAGGCCAUGUGGGCAUCCGAUGCACCGCCGGGGAAGACUGCAGCGGAAUUUGUUUCCGCUGCAGCGAGCCCGGCCACAAGGCCGCACGGUGCGCCGCGCCAUCACCGCACUGCCGGUACUGUGCCGCGGCGGGUCGCAAGUCCGACCAUAGAGUGGGCGUCACAAAUUUGUGUCGCCCGCCGAAGGCCCGAGCCGCGGCACGGGCCACAGGUGGGGGGGGGGAGUCGAUGGACACUUGA